CCUAAUGAGGUGUUUAACCUGUAAAUUGUGCUUUCAUUCAAUGUAUUGGGGCAAACACUAUCAAUAGAUGAUCACCAAAUCAGCAAGCUCUCCAGAAGUCCAUGAGCUGAUUCUAUCGAAAAGGGAAUUUGAAAGGAAGGAGAAGAAAAAUGAGGAUGUUUACAAAGGAACCAUCUUAAACAGGCAGCCCUGCGACUCAUCGCACGUGUCAAAGGACGAGAGCUUCCUCCGGGACAUCAUCGCCGAGGAAACCGAGAAGGAAAGCUUCACCGCAGUUGUGAUCACAGGAGUCAAGAAAGAUCACAUCGACUACCUGAAAAAAAAAUUCAACAAGCUGGCUACAGAGCUUGCGCAUGUUUAUCACUAUUACAUUCAUGGAGUUGAUGGAAAUAACAAGCGACAGGCCUCAAAACGGCCCAGCGAUUUCCUGAAAAUUGACAUUCUGCUGACUUUGUGGGAGAAGUCCUCCAAAAUUGUUCCUGAUAUACACCUCCGGGAUGUGGAUAAUGACCUGCAGACGCUUUACAUCGAGACUGCAGUAGAAACCUUUGAGUUCAGGGCCUUCGUGGACAGCGAAGGGGGCACAGUGGAGGGGGUCAUUCGCUACCACCCCUUUCUGUACGACACAGAGACCUACCCCAAAGAUCCAAACGCUGCUGCAGCUUCUGUCAAUGAUGAUGAUGAUGAUUGUGAAAACGGUCCUGUCGCCCAGAAUCGGGCAAGAGGGACGAAGGACAUCUUUGAAUGUUACUGGAAUGGGCGGCUCAUCCCUUACACCACAGUGUCUGAGUUUGACUGGUGCUCUUUAAAAAAUAGAGAUCAAGUACCUGCAGUGUGUUUUAGUCGUUUGUCAGGGGUACUUUUCACUGAUGACAGAUUCCAGGUCUCUACCAAUAAGCUGCACUUCAUGGACCUCGAGCUGAAACUGAAAGAUAAAGAAACCAUAUUCACCCCCAUUCUGAAUCCCCAGCAACAGAAACACUCCAAAAGAGGACACAUACAGAGGGAUUUCAUGCUGUGGCUUAAAAACUGUCACGUGAAACACGACAAAGAGGUGAAGUUUCGAGGCUACAAGGAGACCAUAUCACGGCCAGAGUUAAACAAGAAAAUGCAGCAUCCCUGGGCGACCUUCUCAUCCAUCGAAUGGGACGGGAAAACAUACAAAGCAGGCCAACUUGUGAAGUCUCAGAACACGUCGCCCAUUUACCACGGCACCAUUGUUGGGUUCCUGUUGUUCGGAACCUACGGUGAAGACGUGUUUGCCACGGGAGGUCAGGUGGAAAUAAAAAGAGAGCCUGAAGCACUUUAUGGGAUUUCUAAGAUCCUGCCAAUCACCAAGAUUGUCAGAAAUGCGACCAAUGAAACCAUCCAGGCAGUCAUCGAGAAGGACCUUGACAAGCUCCCAGAGAAGCUGGCGGUAGAGUGGCCAAAGGGAAACUCCUUGUCACUAAAUGCCACUUAUCCUUCAGGGACCGUUUUCGGCCCCCUCAAAGUUGAAAUACUAAACAGGAAGGGAGACCAGCUGUCCAGGAUUCAAACAAAGGGCCCUGGGACACCGAUAAAAAUGAGUCUUAAACUAGUCCAUCAUGGUCCUAAAGGAGAUCAAGUGGUUGUCGAGUGUGAGGCACCUCAUAUAGCUGCUUGUGGAUACUGGUUCAAAAAAAUUGACCAUCUAACCAACUUGGGAAAGCACACCCUGACUCUGACCACCCAAGUAAAGGACUUCAAUCUCCAAAAGCCUCCAAGCUGGGCGCUGACAUUUACCGUCAAAGGUGGAGACGAGCUGAAGCCCGCCGUCUUUAUGCCCUCACACUGAAACCUGUCCCUCUUGUGUUUGCCUCAGAGGGGGAGGCAGUCAGCUUCACAGUGGACGGGGUGAGACCCACAGUUCGCGUGGGCGUGCCCUUCCACAUUCCCCUGCAGAUGAAGGACCGCUUCGGCCACCCAGCGGCGCCGCCUCUCCGCCUCCAGCCUGAACUCAGAUGCAGUGACCUGGAUUUGAGUUAUAUGUCUGUGGACAGCAGUAAGAACACAUUCUCCAUCAAAGGCGUCAAGGCAAUAGGAAAAGUCCGCAGUGAUCAGCACUCCGAGGGUUAUGAACUGAGCGUGAAGCUACCUGGACUCCAAAAUGAUGAGCAGACUAUGAGGAUCAGCCUUCUUCCCGGUGACCCGCAUUCCCUUCAUGUGAAAUCAGAAGCUGCCCAACUGGAGGUUGAGAAUGGAAAUCCGGCCAUUUUUGAUGUGGAAAUUCACGACCAAGCUGGAAACAUCACCGCCAACCCCAAACAGUCAGUUAACUGCCAGGUUGAGGGGCUCCCGCGGACCACCACGGACUGCAGCAGCACAGGAGCUGGCAGGCUAGUGACACAGCCCAUAAACCUGAAAAUAACCAACGGAGAGCCACGGACGCUAAAAGUUACAUUUGAAAUGCCUCACCUGAAGAAAGUGGCGCGGUGCUCGGCCGAGCUGAAAGUCUCGCCCAGCCGCCGGGUCUCAGUGAUGCGGCUGUACUGUGACGCCGGUGACGGUCAGCUGGCGCUGCAGAACAACGAAAGGCUGGAGCGGAGGGCUGGCGGGGCUCUGGGGAACCUGCGCUACCGGCUGUACGACGAGUCGGGCCGAGAGGCGGCGCUCACCGCCGAGACGGCCUCCGCCAUGAUGGUCAACUGGACCAGCGAUGUGGAUCGCGCAGGUCUGGUCCAGGGGAGGCUGCCCGACGUCCCGGUGCCCACUCAGGUGAUGGAGGAACGCUUCUGCCAGGUGUCCUACCAGCACCAAAACGUCUCCUUCACCUUCACUAUUGUGCCCUGUCCAGAUGACCCUAAACAGCUGAAGGCCACGCUGCCCCAGGGCACUGUGAAGCUCGGCGAGAUCCUGCCAGGACAUAUUGUUGUGGAGCUUGUGGACCAGUUUGACAACGUGACCCAAAAGUUCACCCCUGAUUGUGCGGAGCUCAUGACUCUGGAAGCUGAGGGUCUCCACAAAUCUGGUGUCACCUACACAUGGCAGAGCGCCUCUGUUUGGGUGGCAGGAGUGCGCUUCGACUCUGGGCCUCUGGGAGCCAGAGACCUGUGCUUCCACUGUGGCCGCUAUGAGGGGAGCUCCAGCCUUAGAGUGACCCCCGGAGUCCCUGCACAGCUUAGACUCAUCAGUGGGCCUGAGCAGCCUUUGCAGGUUUUGAAUGGCCGCGGUAUCCCCACACCAUUCCUAGUCCAGCUGUUUGAUGAUUGGGGAAAUCCCUCACCGGACCAGGAGGCUUUGGUAGAGAUCACGCCUUCCUCCCCAACGCUGCAGGUAACUACAAAUGUAAUUUCCCAACCUGCGGAUGCAGAAGGGAAGGCCUCUUUCAAGGUCAACUUUGUGAGUGGUCCAAAAGGGUACUAUCAGCUGGAGUUUAGGAGUUCCUUGAACAGCAUACCAAUCUCCAGUACGUCGGUCAACCUCACCGUCAUCGCUGACCCCACCAAACCCGUCGGUCUGUCCCUGGAAUACGACCCCAGUGCCCAGUUUCCCGCUGGAGGCAUCUUCCCAGCUUUCUCGUUGGUGGUGGUGUCUGACGAAGGAAGCCCGGUCACAACGUUCAGCCCGACCGCCGUAGCCAUGUUUGUGAAGAGGGAGGAGCCAUCGACACAGACAGUGACUGAGCUGAAGUGCAGUAAGCCGAUGGAAAACGACAAGCCGGACCGUUUUUACUUCAGGUACCAGGCCAGAGACAAAAAAAUCCCAGAACGUAUUGGAAAGUACAUCGUAGACUUCUCAUUGAGCGUCGACCAAACCAACGUCCUGCGCAGCGAACAGAUCUGUGUAGAUGUCGUGGCCAAUCGGCCGGUCCAGCUGGCCCCCGACUCCCCGCCGGCCCCGCCCGUGGUCUCCCACAGUGGAGACGUCUCCGGACGAACCCUGGUCAAGAGCAUGACUCUGCAGAUUCAGGAUGCGUUUGGAAACCCGACGGGGCAGGACCUGAGCGGGACGGUUGUGGUCUGUAUAAAGCGCCCCGAUCCAGGCAGAGACAUCCCGCUGUUUGAGCGGAAGAUGGACCGCGUUUCCGUCAGCUUGGACAAAGGAAGAGCCCACAUCCUGGGCUUGGCUAUCAUGGAGAACAGCCCCGGUGAGAACGACAGCCAGUACGUCCUCCUCUUCCAACCUGAGGUUCCCAUGGUCUCCCUGUCUCCUUAUGAGCUGCCCUUCCAUUUUUACUAUGAUUCAGAGAACCUUGGAAAAGUGACUCGCCUGAACAAAAACAAAGAAGAGCUCAGGAACACAUUGGCACAAUAUGAAAAAUUGAUGAGUUCACAUGAGGCUCUUACUAAGCUGCUCACAUGUCAAGUCACAUCUACAAAUCAGAAAGAGGUUGCCCUGAGCAAAGAGCUAGUGAGAAGGAACAUGGGCAUUGUGGGACCUUUAUCUACUCCAGAUAUCGACAAGCUCCUCCAGGAGAAGAAAACUCAAGCUGAAAAUCUUCAAAAAGAGACUCGAGUGUCUUCCAUCCCGAAUAUCUUCAGUGGACCUGACGUCCUGGGGAAGGUCGCCCACCUGGCCGUUGUCGAGGACGACGAGGCUGCGCGGGUCGUCUCCUGGCACCUCAGAGGCGACAUGGACUGCGUCGUCACGACGACCACGGAAGCGGCGCAUAGAAUCCACCGAGAUACCCGGGGAAAUCAACAAGUCCUGCCCCUGGACGGCGUCUUGGAGGCAGACGACAGACCGCUGCCACACCUCAGGAACAGCUUCAGUCUCUUCGACCCCCCUGGGAACCCGGUCCAUGCCAGAAAGCUGUUGAUUUACCCCAAUGAACAGGAGAAAUGCAACAAGUGUGAGUUUUCCUCCCUGGCUUUAAACCUUCUUCUGGCUCUGUGGCUUCCCAGAGGCCUUUGGGUGUUUAAAAACCUGCUCGGAGAAACGAUUCUGAUGGACGACCUGGAUUCGGCGACCCGCUACAGAAGGAUGCUGGUGGAGAGAGGGAUCCGCUGUCCCACCAUACUGACCAGACACGGAGACAUGGUCAGCGCCAAAGGGAAGUUUGGAGGCCGUCAGAACAGAGCCCCGCCCCCCGACGGCCGGGCGUUCGGAGCCCCUCUGCCUCAACCGUUCCACACCCUGAAGAAGGACAUGGAGCUGCUCGCUCAGUACCGUGAGGCCAUAACAAAGGCGAGGAUGGCAGAAAAGGACCUAGAUGAUCAUGCACAGAAAGGCCAAGCUCCUGAAAUGCAGCGAAAGCGAGAAAAACAGGAAGAGUUAAAGAAGCAGCUGGAUGAAAUUGACAGAGAACUUGCCUUCUUAUCAAUGAGAUCUGGGAAACGGGUUCCCGAGAGUGCUGGUGAGCCGUCAGGAAUUAGUCCAAAGAAACCAAGACGCACAUAAGAGAGAAUCUCUUCCAAUGCUUUGGACACCAGCUCCUUAUUAUGUGUUCCUUUUUAUAUUGGGGUAUUUUCAUGUAGUUAUUAUGGUUCAUUCUGUGCUCAAUCAUUCUAUAAAAUCAGAACAAGCAAUAACAUUUCCCUU